AUGGAAGACUACAUUCGAGGCGUGCUGUGCGGCUACUUGCAGGUGCAGAAUGGAACGCGGGAUAAUGCCAAACGCAAACGCACCUUUGUCGUGCUCUCGGAUGCACGCAUGGACUAUUACCUCACGGAUCCACGUCCAACAUUCACUGCCAGAAUCGAUGCCACAUAUUUCCUCACAGAGGCAACACGAGUGCAUCACUACUUGGAGUUGAAUUCUAGAGCACCUCCACACUCAAUUUGCUUGACCACGGACAAAACCACGGACGUCUACAUCGCGGAUAGUCAAGAAGAAGCCGAUCUGUGGUUUCGUCACCUCUCCGAGCGACUGGAAGCGCUCUCGACAAUGUUGAAAGGAGCUCUUAUGCUACGUAAGGAGAUUUCAGCAACUCAGCAACUCAAGCGCUUUGUACUGAAAACGAAAUACCGCUGGAAAGCCAGAUAUGUGGAACUCGGUCGCUCGACUCUGCGCUUCUGCAAAGCUUCGGAUCACAAGACAAAAACCAUGAAACAAUUCACUCUCACGGCGACGAGUUUUGCCGGCCAGGAGAACACGACGUACUUACGCCAGCUCUCGGUACUAGCGUCGAAUUCGAUCCCUGUGGUUCCAACGCCACAGACACUCAAGGGGAUCCAAAGAAUUGAAAAAGUGCGUCGAGAACAAGAGGAAAGGAACCAAGUCGACAACAGUGACACGAGCUUAAAAAACAACGAGGUGCGACCGAAAGGGUCGAGCGUUGCGGCUUUUUACCCAUUUAUCGUGACCACAGGACAAGCGUUUAUCCUGUUAGCAGCUCCGACAGAGCAGAUACGAACGCAUUGGAUCUUAGCCAUUCGACUUCGAAUUAUCGCUUUAAAGUAUCGUCACAACGGUGGAACAUCUCCUCGAAAACAACCUGGAAUUUUAGCUACACAAGAGGUCAGCCCGUAUCAAUUACAGAGCUUUGUUGAAGCUCAACCGAAACCUGGUGGACCAUGGAAGCAACACUACGUUGAAUUGGACAACGGAAUGUUACGUGUCAAGAAAAGUGAGAGGAAAUUGGGUUCCGUCUUUGAAGUGCAGCUCGUUCCAACGUGUCGUGUGACUCCGUUACUAGACAAAGCCAACGCUUUUACGGUCCGUUGUCUCGGCUGUGAAGUAGCGUUUGCACCGGGUAGUGCGACUGAGGCUCGACGUUGGAUGGAGUUGAUCCGGAAGGCAGCAGCAGCAGUCGAUCGAACACGUUGCCAGAAAGUUUUCCACGACGAUAUCCAGAAAUUAUUGCGUCAUAGUGUCGUGUACUCACUUGAUGUGGCUUCCGAGACGAGCGCUGGUAUUGUCUUGAUGAAACACAAGAAGCGUAUCUUCGUAUUAAGUCACGAGCCGUUGGCUCAAAGACCACCGAGACGACUUAGUAUGGCAGCAAUCGCUCGACGAACGAAAACCUCGGCUAUUAUCCCGCAAGGAAGCGUGCUGGUCGGCAUCUCACAAUUUGGGAUGGAGCACGACUCGGUUGACACUAUUUGGCACACGCUACGUCAGAAGAAAGGAUGUUACAAGCAAGCUAAGCGACUAUUGUUCCGGGCUCCUGCAGUGAAGGAAGGCGUUGUUCGGGUCAAGUUCCGAGCAGCUGAUGACUGGGAACUACAUCGAUGUCGUCUGGCUAAUGGGAUGUUCCGUGUAACACAAAGCAAUGGUAACAUUUUAACAGAAGUUACCCUGCGAGAUUGCGAAGUUGCCUUAUUCAGCGACGACGACUGUGUCAAUGGUAUCAAGCUCACUAGCAACGUUGUGACACGCACUCUUGUCUCCAUGAACGUGGCUGUGGACAACGACGCGUUCCUGUGGUUUGCUAUGCUUCAAAUGGAGAUCUCCGUGGCGCAAAAUAACGCGGUAUUUCCGUUAACUACUGCAACGUUAGUUAACACCCCGGUGGCAGCUCCAGAGGAGAAGAAACUAACUACUGAUCAAGCGAAAAGCUACCGUGAGUGCUCUGUCGUGGGCACUCGAGUCGAAGAGAUUGAAAAAUAUGUUCAUGACCAAGAGCAGCUUGGGCUUGGCGUUACUGAAAACGACCAGGAAGUUGACAGCUCUAAGCAGGUUCAUGGAGUAUUUCCACAAAGCUCAGCAACUCUCAGCUCUGCAGACAUAACCCGCUUCUUCCAACACUUGGAUGUUGUUGGGUCAGGCAAAGUCUCAUCCUCUUGCUGCAGUCUGUCGCUGGAGGAAUUUACCGCUGUUAUGGCUAACGUGACUCACCCGCCCAUUGUCGAGUUGGUGAGGAAGGAGGCUCAUAACGAUAUCCAAUGUAUCUAG